CUAUUCGGCCGACGGAUGCAUCUCGUGCAACUGUGCGGCCAAGUUUUCGGCGGGUGCCGUGUGCAACCAGCAGACGGGCCAGUGCCGGUGCCUGCCCGGCGUGGAAGGGGACAAGUGUGACCGGUGCCCCUACCGAUGGGUCUUCGUGGAGCGCGAGGGCUGCAAGGAGUGUGGCGAGUGCGUGCACGCCCUGCUGGAUGACACGGACAGCCUGGAGCAGAUGAUCGACAACAUCGGGGACGAGAUGCGUGACAUCUCUUCCACUUACCUGGCCAACCAGCGGCUGCAGCUCGUCAACCAGACUGCGCACGACCUGAAAGAGCAGCUGAUGAGCUUCAGCGGAAAGCCCGCCUCCCUGGACGUGAGCCCCCUGGCGCAGAACGUCAGCGAUCUGGAAGCACUGGCCUCGACAGUGCGCAAGGACGCUUCGAGCCUGGCGCUCUCGGCUACGGCGAACAUCCACACGGCGUACAAGACCAGGCUGGAAGCCGACCGGGAAGAGCUCAACGUGGAGAAGACGGUCCAGGAGAUGCGAGACAUUCUGAGCAGCCUGACAGCCUUCUCCGAGGGCCUGGGCUCGACUUCUACCGCCAACGUGGAGCCGCUGCUCGACGAAGCCACCCGCAUCGUGGAGCUUCUCAAUGCCACCGAGUUCAUGAGGCCCUUCGCCGAAGCAGAGGAAGAGCUGGCGCAGGCCAGAGAAGGCCUGGAGCGUGCGCAGAACUUCUCGCUGCCGGCGGUGCAGAACGACGCAACCCUGGAGGACCUGCGGCAGACGAUGGCGGAGGAGCUGGAGGGGCGCCUCUACGAGCUGGCCAACCACACCCAGAGGGUCGAGGACAUGGUGCGGGAGGUGGCCCACCUGCAGAACACGGCUAACAGCUCCCCGUUCAGGGGGAUCAUUGCCCAAAGCGAGGAGCUCAAGUUGCAGUCCGAGGCACUUCAGAAGGAGGCCAGGGAACUCCUUCGGGCCUGCCAGGACUACUACCCGGACGCAGAAAACGCCUAUGAGGGCCUGCGUGAGAACUCUGCCCGUCUGCGAGACAUGGUGGACCAACUGCAGACGUUCCUGGAGAAGCUGAGCCCUGCGACUGAGAAGGCCGUGCCCUACGUGCGGGAGGCGGAGAUCCACUCGCACAAGCUCCAGCAGCAGGCCAGGGCGUGCCAGACGUGA